CGCUUCCGUGUAGUAUUCUGCUAGCCGCUGCCGUUCAAGGCGCACGCGUACUCCAACAAGCUCGCGGCGUCGAAGCCUCCCUAGCCACAGCGCCCUCUCUCGGCCUAAGCCUCCCGGCCGUCUACCCACAGUACCAGGCAUCACUUAGAACACAGGCAUCACCUCUGGUAUACCAAUGAGCCAAGUGGAGUUUGAAAUGGCCUGCGCUUCACUCAAGCAGCUGAAGGGGCCUGUGAGUGAUCAGGAGAAACUGCUGGUGUACAGCUUCUACAAACAGGCCACUCAGGGCGACUGUAACAUCCCUGUCCCUCCUGCCACAGAUGUGAGAGCAAAGGCCAAAUAUGAGGCAUGGAUGGUAAAUAAAGGGAUGUCCAAGAUGGAUGCCAUGAGGAUCUACAUUGCCAAAGUGGAAGAGCUGAAGAAAAAGGAAACUUGCUAAGAACAUUUGGCAGACACAAGGAAGAAGCAUGGCUCCAUGGUAGGGGAUGGGCUUACGAGAUCCUGAUGGCUGAAACACACUGAAAGGGUAGCAGGGCUAGCAGAAACACCAAUAAAUCAUUUGAACUGCA